CAUAAAGACAAAUCCUUUUCGGAAUCAUCAGUUAAUCCUGUUACGGAGUAAGACAUAUCGGCAAUGGCUGAACAUGGAAACGUCCAAGAUCUUCUUCCAAACGAAGUGCUUAACCGGACUUCUUUCCAUUUCCAACCUCAGAGAAAUUGGCUCAACGAUCCAAACGCGCCAAUGUAUUACAAAGGAUUCUACCAUUUGUUCUACCAGUACAACCCUUUGGCCCCUGAGUUCAGUAGGAAGAUCAUAUGGGGACACUCUGUUUCACAAGACAUGGUCAACUGGAUCCAACUGCAACCAGCCCUUUUUCCUUCUCAGUCCUUUGACCGAAACAGCUGCUGGUCAGGAUCCGCCACCAUCCUCCCUGAUGGCAAACCUGUAAUUCUGUACACCGGACUCGACGAGCCUGACAGACAUCAGGUUACAGUUCUUGCUGAACCUAAGGACGUUUCCGACCCUUUGCUUCGUGAGUGGGUAAAACCAAAGCACAACCCUGUGAUGCUUCCGCCAGAUGACGUCCCCUAUUACUGCUUCCGUGACCCUACGACCGCGUGGCAAGGGCAAGAUGGGAGAUGGAGAGUUCUCAUAGGAGCUAAGCAUAAAGAUACUGAAAGAGGAAUGGCGAUUUUGUACCACAGUGAUGAUUUUAUCCAAUGGACAAGUCAUCCGUUUCCUUUACUUUCAUCACAAGUAAAGGAAAUGUGGGAAUGCCUUGAUUUUUUCCCGGUUUCGCUCACUGGUAAAGAAGGCGUAGAGACUUCGGUGAACAAUGCUAGUGUGAAGCAUGUCUUGAAGGUCAGUUUUGAGGAAAAGAUUGGAGGCAAAGAUUGUUAUGUUAUUGGUACAUACUCUUCCGAGACUGAGCAAUUUUCUGCGGAUUCUGAGAUCACCAACACCAGUGCGGAUUUGAGAUAUGAUUAUGGAAUGUUUUACGCCUCAAAAGCCUUCUUCGAUAGCGCUAAGAAUCGGAGGAUCAACUGGGGAUGGGUUGUAGAGACUGACAGCAAAGAAGAUCAUUUUCAGAAAGGAUGGGCUGGCCUUAUGUCUCUCCCCAGGGAAAUGUGGGUGGACAGAAGUGGAAAGAGGCUGAUGCAAUGGCCAAUUGAAGAAAUCAACCAUCUCAGGACCAGACAUGUUACUUCUGAUAGAAGGCACUUUGAAAGCGGUUCAAGAUUUGAGAUCUUAGGCAUUACUGCUGCACAAGCCGACGUAGAAGUGACCUUUGACCUUCCUGUUCUGGAAGAUAAUCCCCAAACACUGAAUUCUGACAAAGUUGAAGAUAAGCUUUUGUUUAAUCGUGACAACUCUGAUGGAUGUCUUUAUGGGCCUUUUGGGUUGCUAGCAUUGGUCAGCCAAGAUUUAUCGGAACAAACUGCAAUCUUCUUCAAAAUUAUUCGUUGUGGAAAUGGCUAUGCGGUUAUAAUGGGUAGUGAUGAGCAGAAGUCUUCGUUGAGAGACAACGUGCAUAAAUUUACGCAUGGGACAUUUCUAGACAUUGAUCCAAGACAUGAGAUGAUCUCAUUAAGAUGUUUGGUCGACCACUCCAUCAUAGAGAGCUAUGGAGCAGGAGGAAGAAAUGUAAUAACAUCUAGGGUUUAUCCCAAAUUGGCAAUUGGUGAAGCAGCUAAGCUCUACGUGUUCAAUGAUGGAACAAAGGGUGUGACCAUGUCAUCUAUGGAAGCUUGGAGCAUGAGAAAUGCCCAAAUCAAUUCAAACGCAAUUUAAUUAAUCAUUAAUAAUGAUAAC